AUGUCGCCGCUCAAAGAGUGGAGUGAUUUCUUUCCUGGCUUGAAAGGCUUUGCCUUUCCCAAUAAUUUCCGCGAGUUUGAAGAGAGAUUGAUCAGCAACCUGCUUUAUUAUCAGACUAAUUAUCUGGUUCUAGGUACUGCUGUUUUCAUCUUAGCCGGGUUAAAGGAUCCUAUGGGGUUUAUCACUGGCCUGGCCGUGCUGUUCACCGUUUAUUUGGUUUUCGUUUGGGCUGGAGAGAUACAACCCUUGCUUAGCCUAAAGAGAUGGAGGCCAUUAGCUUUUUUGAUCACAGUCAUUGUUGUCAAUUAUGUGGUGAUUUAUUCAUUUGCCAGAAUCAGAAAACUUGCACCACCAAUCAGUUUUAUACUGACUGUGAUUACUCCACAUGUCUCCUUUCGCAACCGUGGCAUCAGCGAGGUGGCAUACAUGAAAGAAGCUACAGGACUGGGCGGAUCAGCUAUGGGCAUUCUACUCAUGACUCGCAACAAAAAAAAAUAGGAAAAGCUAAAGGAGAAAGGAUGAUUGAAAAGGCACUUUGUGAAAACAGAUUCAUUAUUUUCCCUUCUCAUGGAAUUAAAUGUUUCUUUGUCUUUUAAACCUUUUUAUCAUUAUUAUUUUUAAGCUCUAGUGUCCUUGAUGUUUUGUUUUGUUUUUUUUAAAGUAGGCAGCCAGGAAAUGGUAUCAGAGAGAGAGAGAGGGAGAAAACAUGCACCAACAGUCACCAAGCUUGAACUUGAACUUUUAACGGCCACAUUGUGGACUAAAGCUGUAUCUAAAUACCGGUAAAUACAUGGAAAUAUUAGACUUUGGUGUAUUUCAUGUCUAAUAUCAUUUAAAAAAAAGAUGUUUUAAUAGAGGGCUUACCACUAAAAAAAUGUAUUUGAGAUAUAUUAAUAAGGUUAGGGCCCGACAUUCUGUAUUACUCGUAUUAAAUCCCAUAUUGUUAACAUUUUACAGACUCCACCAAAGGUAAUGGAAUUAGAAAUACUAAAAUAAUUCACCUUAUGGUGAUAUUUUGAUUCAGGUAUUUGAUCUCUUAGAAAUGUGAAUAAACUGUUUUUAAAGCUUUCUAAGCAAAUUAGCAGGAUUCCAAUCAUAUGUUCAAAC